AAAUCAUAUUCUGCAUCAUAAAACGACUAUGGUGAAAUCACUCGAAGAAUAUCCGGACGAGCUCCUGGACCGCAUAAUCGCCCUCGCGAUGGCGUACGAUACGGUGCCGGGCGAUCCAUUCGUCUUCACAACAUCGUCCGCGAAAGUCGCCACCGACGAAACAAGGCGGAAUAUCCGGUUGGUUAAUCACAGGUGGAACGCAAUCGCGAAACCAUACAUGUAUCGUGACAUCCAUUUCGGAUGGAGGCCGAGGGUGGAUGAAUAUGAGACUCAGAAUAGCGAUCUCAAGCGGUUUCGCCGUUUGUGCGAGUUCGUGUCAUCCAAUGGUCCAGACAGGCUCACCAAAACUCACACACUGGCCGUAUUCUGUCCCGCGGAACACCCGCGAACCACAGCAGAAAUGGGAGCCCUCCUGUGCCAUUUACUCUCGCAUGUGACCUUGCAUCACUUCGCGGGGACCUUCGACCACUCUAUCCCCUGGUUCCCUUACCUUCGCCGCUCGAGCGCACACACCCUGACGCAUCUCGAUCUGGAGAUACACCCCUUCAUCAUCAGAUCAUCCUGGGUCGACCACCUGAACAGCAUGGUCAACCUCAAAUUUCUCAGGCUGUCCGAGCAACGCCGCAGCUGGGUCUCCUUUCACCAGGACCUGGACGAGAUGUUCAGCUCUGACGACCUGCCGAACCUAUCGCUUCCCCGCUUGACGUCGUUACAACUAUUCGCGCAUUACCCGCGGGCGGAUAUGAUGGGUCUCGAGGGAGAUCGCAUCCCAUUUCUGCUUGCGAAGACGGCAGAGCUACCCGCCCUGACCGAUCUGCGCUUACAAGGAGAUUUCUUAGACCUCGGCGAAGAGUCCGUCAUACCUUUCGUGGCUGCAUUCGGUUCCCAACUCCGUACUCUAUACGUUCAGCUACCUCGUGGGGGUCAGCUUCGUUAUAUCGACCUUGCAGGGGCACUGCCGCAGCUUACGCACCUCAGUUUGAUACAUACCGUUCCAGAGGCGAGGUCAUCGUUCCAAGCUACGCAUCACAUAACAUUCUAUGCCAUUCCUGUCGUUCAUCCGACACUCCAGACACUCACUGUCAGCGGCCUCGGACUUGGACAGCCCCUCCUCCGCCUAGUUGACCCUGCCUCCCUCCC